GCACUGUUAGUUUUCCCCGCCUACUCAGACAGCUCGCCUAGUCUAUCAGCUCCCCGUCUGUAAUGUUAACCAGCUAGCUAGUAGCAUAAAGUCACUGUGGCUAGCGAAGUAUAUGAAAAAAUAGACAUCUUGUACUGUAGCUAGCUCCGGUCUUGGCUGUAAUACCGGCUAAGGCAUAAUAAGAAAAGUAACGAAUAAUUGUUUAUAACUAACGAUAAAAUGGCGGAAAAGCCAGAGGCUGGAGACAGCGAAGACGAGGUUGAAGAUGUGUACGAAGUGGAGAGGAUUAUUGACAUGCGAACGGAGGAGGGGGAGGUCCUGUACCGCGUUCGCUGGAAGAACUACUCCUCUGACGAUGACACGUGGGAGCCUGAGGCCCACCUGGAGGAUUGCAGGGAGGUGCUCCUGGGCUACAAGAGGGCUCUGGCAGAGGCUAAGAUCACGAAAGACCAAGAUGCUAAGAAAUGCAUGAAGUUGCCCAUGAAGAGUGAUGUGUUCGAUGCUGACUCUGACAGCGACAGUGAUAUUGACAAGCCCACAGACCUGCAUGUUAAGAAGAAGAAAAAGAAGAAGCCCAGAGAAGAGGAUGAGGAGGAGGCACCUCCCCUGAAAGAGAAGAGGAAAAAGAAGAAAGACAAGCGCAAGGAGGACUUCAGGCCUCGUCCGGCACCGGAGUCUGAUGAAGAGGAGCUUUCCCCUCCCCCAACCCCUGGCCGCGGAACCAAGAUGUCCGACUCCAAAAAGAGAUUUGUUGACUCCGAUGAAGAGGAAGAAGCCCCUGUGCCCUCCAAGAAGCACAGGAAGGACAAGACCAAGGAUGGAGGGAAGCACUGGAAAAAAGAUAAUGGGGAGGAAGGGAAGAAGAAAAAGAAGAAAAAGAAGGAUCGAAGGGGUGAUCUGGAGUCCACUGAAGAUGAGGCCACCGCCCCCCUGGAAGAGGAGCUUAGCGAGGGGCCAUCUGAGUCCCAGACGGAUGAUACCACCACAACGGAAAAGUCUCGCGCUGAUGACAAGCCCAAGAAUAAAAAGGGUAAGUCAGAACUGAAGCUGCAGGGCAUCAAGGACUUCCUUCAGGACAAGAAAGGCAAGAAACUGGAAACUUCGUCGCCAAUGCUCUCCGCAAGCGGCCUCGCAAAACUGAAGAGCCUCACUUCCUCCAAGAGCCAGGGCCGGGAUGAGCCCACACCAACCUCUGACUCCAGCGACACUCCUGCCCCAGCCCAAGUCCACAAGAAGGCCAAGGGCAAGAGCCACGAGACCACUCCCGCACCGCCUAAAAUUCCCUCUUCCUCAUCCUCGUCUUCCUCCUCCUCCUCUGGUGCAGGGGCAAGCACUAGCAAGACUGUGGAGGAGUCUAAAGUUGUAGUGAGUGGGGAUAAGGAGCCUACCGCCUCCACUAACCUGUUUGAGAAGUUCCUGCUGAACUGCGAGGCCAAGGACCGUGUUCCCCGCAAACAGAUGGUCCAUCAGCCCACCACCACAGAGAACACUAAACCACCAAAGCUCAUAGGGAAAAUUGAGAAAAGGACCAAGCCGACAAAGGAGUCACCUGCUCGGAAGCCAGAGCCAGAUAAGUCCAAACAUACAGACGCAUUUCGGCCCAGUCAGAGCCCCGGUGCUAUGGAGACUGGUGACAGGGCGGAGGCAGAGGAGGAACCCGCCCAGAAGUCAAAGUUCGGUGGAGAGGACCGGAGGGAGGAGGCUCAACGUUGGGAGAGGAGGACCCAAGAGGAUGACAGGAGGAGGAGGAGGAGAGAGGACAGCGAGCCACGGCUCUUCAUCGCCUGUGACGACAAUCAAGACCCCUUGGAGAGCGCUGACAAGUCUGACAAAGGGCAAGCCUCUCUUAACCUUGGAAUGGACCUCAACUUGGACUGGAUGACACUGGAGGACUUUCAGAAACAUUUGAACGGAGAGGAUGAGAUUCUCUCUGCUCCACCUCUAUCUCCCAGUGAGCUGCGGGAUGCAGUGAAAAGUGGGGAUUACAUGUCUGUGAAACUUGCACUCAAUUCCAAAGAGGACUACAAUCUGGACCAGGAGGCAUACACUGUUGAACAGAAGAGUUUAAGUGGCAAAGAGAAGAGUUUAAAUGAGGAAGAGGAUAUUUUAAAUGAGGAAAAGAAGACUUUAUGUGAUGAAGAGAAGAGAUUAAGUGAUGAAGAGAAGCCUUUAUGUGCAGCAGGGAAUCCUCGCAGCCUGGGGAAUCCUCACCGCAAAAGGAAUCCUCACCGCAAAAAGAAUUAUCUUUGCAAAGAUGAGAUUCCUCUAUGCGAAGAGAAUAAUUUACACAAGGAAGAGACACAUUCUCUACACAAUAAAGAGAAGGCUUCAUGCGAUGUGGAGAAGACUUUAUGUGACAUGGAGAGAGCUUUAUGUGACAUAAAGAAGGGUGCUGAGGAAAGCAGUUUGAGUGGUGACGAGAUUCACGAAAACAGUUCAGGUGAUGAGGUAGAACGACAAAGACUUGAUUCAAAUGUUCCAAGUGGGUCAGAUCCUCUUCCAUCUAAUGCAGAAAGCUCAUGCGAGGAUGAAUAUGAGCAGUACCCUCCAAAAACGUCACAAGCUAAAAAAACUUGCCGCAAAAUAUUUGCGCCACGGAAAGGUACACGGUCAAGCUUACGUUCCAGCACAAAAAUGACAGUCAGCGCAUGUAGUACGAUAGAUGAUGAUGAUAAGGGAAAAUUGGACAAAAAGUACUUCUGCCUUUAUUGCAAUGAACCACACCAUAACAUUGCAAGACAUUUAGAAAGGAUGCACGCAGAAGAAGCAGCUGUUGGUCAUGCUAUCAGCUUCCCAAAACUCUCCAAAAUCAGGUCUCUGUUGCUUGACCAACUCCGUAACAAAGGCAACGAUCAACACAACUUAGAAAUUCUUCAAUGUGGAGAUGAAGUUGUGACAAAGAAAAUACCCUCUUACAGUGGUGCUUCUGUGCGUGACUACCUACCCUGCCAACACUGUGUAGCCUUUUUUAACAAAAUAGAUUUAUGGAAGCAUGAGAGCUCAUGUAAUGCCAGAAAAGGACAAGAUGAAACGAGGGGAGGAAAAAGAGUGAGGAUCCAGGCUGCGUCCUCUCAACUUGCUCCAUUGCCUGUCUAUUCUACUGGAGGAUGUGAAGAAAUAAUACACAAUAUGAAUCAAGAUGACAUCUCAUGCCACAUCAAAAAUGAUCCCCUCAUAUGUAAAUAUGGCAAUGCACUAUCUGCAAAGCAUGGUCAUGCCAAGUCACAGUUUACUUACAUUGGUUCAAAAAUGAGGGAAUUGGCUAGAUUUGUACUUAAUGUAAAUGAGAUGGACUGUGAUGUCCAAUACUUGCAUGAAGUAUGUGUACCAUCCAAAUUCAAAUUGGCCGUUCAUGCUGCCAGGAAAAUGAGUGGUCAUGACCCUGCCUCCGACAGGUACAAGACCCCAUCUCUUGCUUUAAAGAUUGGCUAUUCCUUGAAAAGAGCUACCGAAAUAGCUUUUGGGGAGAGUCGUAUGACAGAGGACCGUGAGGCAGAGGAACAAGCCAAAAGGUUCAUUGAACUUCUUGAAAACGAUUGGAAUAACUGUUUUUCCGGUCUAUCCCUCAGCGCUGUUCCUAUGUGUGAUGAAGUUGAUGUGUCUUCACUAACUGAGGAUUUGAUCAAACUUCAGAAGUUUCUCAAGGUUGCAGAGGACACAGCGAAGAAAGAAUUGCUGGAGAACCCCACCAACACUGUCUGGAAAAAGCUCAAUGAAACUCUUCUUGCAGAAAUAGCUCUCUUCAACAGAAAAAGGACAGGGGAAGUUGCAAAAAUGCUGUUGGAAACAUACACAAACAGAAAGAAAGCUCCAGCUAGUGCAGACAUUUUCAAUAACCUCUCAAGGCUGGAGCAGGAGCUUGGUGACGACAAAUUAACCAGGUUGGAAAUAGAAGGCAAAAAUGGUAGGAAAAUGCCAGUCCUACUAACGGAGAGGAUGAUCUCAUCUCUUGAGAUCCUUAUUGCAAACAGAGACAAAGUUGGUGUGUCAAAGGACAACCCUUAUGUCUUUGCACGUAGCCUGGAUGCAGCAAGCUACAUCAGAGGGUUUGACUGUCUGAGGAAGUGUGCACAUGAGUGUGAUGCAAAGAAUCCUGAAAGUCUGAUCCAUGCAACAGUGAGGAAAGAGGUUGCUAUCCAUUGCCAAAUACUAAACUUGAAUGAAAGUGAAUUGGAUCAGGUGGCAAAGUUAUUGGGACAUGACACCCAGGUCCAUAAAGAGUACUACAGGCUCUCUGAAAAUGCAGCACAUCUAGCAGAAAUCAGCAAAUUGCUGCUUGCAAUGGAUCAGGUUCCAGUGGUAAUUCCAGGGCCAUCUGAGGAAAGGGUUGUUUAUCCUACAUAUGGGACAUCUUCUGCAGGGACAUACCCAGCUGGGACAGAUACUGGAAGGACAUAUCCUACCGAGACAUGUCCUACUGGGUCAUCAUAUCCUACAGAGACUUAUUCAGCGAAGUCAUAUACUGUGGAGGCACAGCCUUCAAGGUCAUAUCAUGCUGGGACAUAUCCUGAGAAGUCAUAUCCUUCAGGAUUACAAUCUGUGAUGUCAUAUUCUGCGGGGACAGAUUCUGCGAGAGAAUAUCCUACCGUGACACAUCCUGCAGGGACCUAUCCAGCAGGUUCAUAUGUUGCAGGGACAUAUACUGCAGAGACACAUGAUGCAAGAUCAUAUCCUGUCAGUGCUUAUACUUCGGGGACGAAUCCUGUCAGGUCAUAUCCUGAAGGGACAUAUCCUGCGGGGAACCAUUUUGUGGGUACACAACUUGCAAGGUCAUAUCCUGCCGGAACAUAUCCUGCACAGACACUUCCUGAACAAACACUACCAGCGCAUACAGUUAUUACACCAACACUUCAUGCCCAGACACUUCCAACGCAGACGCUUCCUGUUGGGGCAGUUCCUGAGGGGACAGGUAAGGUAGGCACAGUGUGGAAACGGAGACCGUGGAGUGAUGCGGCUAAGGCUGCGGUAAAGCGUCAGUUAGGACACUUUAUCUCAUUGAUGGAGGUUCCAGGUAAACGGGACUGUGAAGUAUGCCUCCACAAUGAACCAGCUGUACGAGACAGGACUUGGAGAGACAUCAAAAACUAUGUGCACAACACAGUAAAAUCUAUUAAAAGGAAGAAGGGUCUUACAAGAGUGGACCCCACCCAACAGACAAAGAAAGGAGUGGCAAAGAAAGAAAAAGAAACGGAGGCAAAGAGUGCUAAGGAAAGAGUUGGUGGAACAACGACCGUAUCUGCACAGGAGAGACUAGAGGCAGGUCCUGUUGCAAUACCAAGGAAACAGAAAAUUUGGGGUGAUGAGGCUCAGGCUGCGGUCAGGCGGCAGCUAGGAGACUUCACUAAACUGAUGAAGAUUCCAGGUAAAAAGGAAUGUGACGCAUGUAUUGCAGCUGAACCAGUUCUACAAGGCAGGACUUGGAAAGAUGUAAAAAACUAUGUGCACAACACAUUAAUGACAAUGUGCAGGAGGCAUAUUUCAGGCAAACAAAACAUGGAUAGUGAAAAACCAAUUCCUGUGACACAUAAACCAGGGUUGCAACAGAGUCCAGUUGUGCAUCAGAAACCAGGUGUGCCGUUGGGACAUCCAGAAGAUUGUCCUGUUUAUCUGUCCUUAUGAUUAUCUUGAACUAGUUUGAAAACCUCCCAUGGUUGAAGGUAUGUAAGGAUAGAGAAAGGAGAAGAUAGCUUUUGAUUUAAUCUGACUCUGAUCUCACUUCGUAACGUAAAGCAAGAAUGAAGUAUCUACUUCAUUCUACGAACGUAUCCGUAGCAACUACAUAGUGAUAUAUUAUGCAUGCAAACUGGUUUCGCAGAUGUUGAAAUUGUCAACUACAAAAUUCCAUUGUCACAAUGCAUUAUGUGGUGCCAAAACUCAGUAUUUUGCUAUGGGCUACACAUUUGCAACCUUGGGAGAAAGGUGGCAAGGAAGGCUGGAAUCAUACCUUUUUGUUAUUAAAAAAAUUCUAAUGGCCCUUUACAAAGGCUGUCAAACUGAAUCUUCUGGGUCAGCAAUGGCAACAAGGCAUCAUGGACGUAUAUUUAGAAUCCAAACGCACCACAUGUUUCGAUUGAACCAUGUUGCAUAAAAAUGGCCACAAUAACUGACUGAAAUACAGUAUAUGCUCCACAUGGAUAGAUAACAUGUACCAAGUACAGUGCAUAAUGUUUAGGUUUUUUUAACAACUUCGUAGAUUGUUGUGCAAAUCUAUACAGUUAAACUGUUGACUUUAGCUUUUUGAUCACAAUACUGGUAUACUUUCACCAAAUGGUUCUGGAUCCAGAUGUACAAAAUGUUUUGUGUAUAUGUCUAGGUUAGGUUUUGAGUAAAAACAACUGACCAGCAAACCUGGGAAUUUAGCAGGUUAUUCCUGGUUGAAGUGCGGUGUGAAUGGGUUUCAGGGCUCCAUCUGUGCUAGCUGCACAUUCUACAUUGUCACCUCACUCAAACCUUCCUAUUUUUUGGGGCAGCUAAUAUCAUGAUAUGGUCAAACAGUAAAGUUAAUUAUCCUCGUUCCUGUAAUAUUAGUGUCUGCCCACCUGCCGAUGUGAUAGGUGAGCCAUUCUCCUCUCUGGUAGAAAAACACAUGUUCUGGUUGUACAACAAUAAGGAGGUCUCAGCUUUCUAUAGGUAUACUUUUCUAAACUCAAUAUUGAGCUCAGUAGCAACUAUUUUACAAACAAUAUUUUAUAUGGCUUUCAGAUACGGAGUGGGGAGUGAAAUACGCAUCGAAUAUUGUGAGGGCAUAUAGGUCUCAUUGGAGUUUUCAGGACAUUACAUUUACUGAUUUAAUACAUGGCUACUAGUAGUGGGUAUCAUAUUUAGAGUUAGCAAUCUGUGUUUUGAAUUUCCACUUCCACAGAUGUUGAAUUAGCCCCAAAUGUAUGUUUUAGAUGAAGGCAAAUUCAUCUUUAUUGAAAAAGAAAAACAUUCAUAUAUAACAAUUACCAUAUUGUCAACCCAAAAUCCAUGCCAAUCAUGGGAUUAGGUUGCACAUCAAAAUAUAUUCUAUUACAAAAAAUAACUAUGACUGACUUUAUAAGAUGAGUACAAACAUUUUAUAUUGCAUGACGCUGCAAUUUUUGUGGGUUGUGACUAAAUCAUGGGCUGGUGCCACCAACUGAAAAAGUUAAGCACAGUUCAGAUGCCAAAUGUAUGGCGAGUCGAACUGAAUAGAAAUGAAAAGCAGGCUGUCAUGGUUGAGAGCUUUUCUUGACUUACCAACAGUGCAGACUUUCUUGUUGGUUUUGGGUUGAAUUCAGGCAUACCAGUGACCUUAUGUGUUGAAGAAACCACAAGGUUUAUUGCACUAAAAGGGCAAUGUUCGACGAGGCGCACUGCGUGGUUUCACACGACACUCUAUCCCUGCUCCUCCAAAGAGAAAGUUACAUAUUGUUUUGUUCGGUGCGGCGAUGGAGCGGUGUUUGAACUAGGGCCAAGUGCCACCAGGGGAAAAUGCUAGUCUGGAGCCACGGGUUUAUGUAUGAAAUAUGUGCCCAGCUAAGAGAGUAUGGCUUGAUGUUUGAGCCGCUUAAAAUCCAAUCAUGUCAAGAAGAAGGUUUAGAUGAAGACUCCUCCAUUGUAAAUUGUUACUUAUUAUAAAUACAAGGUAUACUUACACAAUUCAUACUCUAUUGCUUUUGAAGCAUGGUUGAGUUUAUUAUCAUGGAUAUUGUACUUAUGUUAUUAACGUUAGCGAACUAGCUAUCUAGUAGUCCUAGCUACCGGUAUGUAUCAGUAGUUUUUUUUAUUUAUGUGUGUGUGUGUGUGUAUAUAUAUAUACUUUUUUCUCCCCAAUUUCGAUCUCAUCAGUGACACGUUCAGAUCCUAUCAAAGGGCCCAUUUAUGGAUGCAUCCCGAUUUUCCAAGUAAACUCUUUGAAAGAAGUGUGGAAUCUGCACUCGGCGUGAGUGGUAACUGAUGGGUUUGGCAAGAACGGGUGCACUUUUAUUAGCAAUCCCUUUACAUCGCAAGUUUGUGAAGGCUAGUUUAUGGUUCCUAAACCAAAGCCUUGUUUAUGGUCACUAGUAACUUUACAGUAAUGGUCACUAAAGUUGGAUGACUUCCCAUCCAAUUUGGGUCAGUUUUUGGUUCUCCUAUCCACUCCUUUGGUCAAAGUUUACUAUUGAUAAGAAACUGAAAUCUGCCUUAACAAUUGGAAACAGAUCCUUUGUUCUGCAUGUGGAAUUGGUUUCAGAUUCACACACACAACCUAGGCUAUUUCUCUUAUACAUGUGUUUUCUAAUAAACAUUAUGGGAAUUAUUAGGCAUUAGCUGAACAUGUACUUUGUUGCUUGUCAAACGAUAAACAUUUCAACUUUUUAAAUUAAUGUUGCUAUUAUUCACUACGGUCUUAACCAUAUUGAUUCACAGUAGCUGUUUAAGUUCCUCAACACUAAUUUAGGCUGACUAACUUGUAUAGGGUUUAACGGCUGUUGCUUCUUUGUAUUAUUUGAUCCGCUUGCCUACUAGAUAAUGUUACUAUUGCAAGUAAACCUUUAUUCCUCCUUGAUCCAAUUAGAAGCAACAAUGUAAAUAAAUGAGUUCAUAGUUGUCAGUUCAUGUUGUAACUGCAUAAGGUCUGCCAGUGUUGGGUGUUAACUGAGAACAAUUGUCGGGUUUAAACCACACCCCACUAUUUACUGUCUGAAGUCAUGGACAUCAUUGCUUAAAUAGUUUUUUUCACCAACAUGUAUUUGUUAUCAAGCUGCCUUUUGUUACCACCUGGUGCUUAUUGUGUUUAUUGUAAGAUAAACCGUCGUUAAUAAAUUGUUACUUGCCGUAAACUUU